AUGCCUUCGUCGCUGUUCUCUACUGUGCUGGGCGUCACCGCCGCCGGCGUGCUUUUGUACGCCAUGCACGAGGCGAUGCAGGAUCAGACAUUUUUUAUGAUAAACAGCCUGCAGGACAAGACAGAUGCAGUGAAGCGCGUUGGCCAAGUGGACAAGGCUACCGGCAAGCGAACCGAGCCGAACCUGGCAUCGGCGUUCCAGCCGCCGCAGCCGUCUUUCUGGGAAGAAGUACAAGGCCGCUGGAAUCAUCACAUCACAAAAGCGAUCCAGACGAUGCAGGGCGCUUCUGUGUCUGCGCGCGUCCCCGUCACGGCGGAAGAGCCGGCCAUGAGCGUGAUGGGUGCUGUUCGUGCACUAGCCCCUCGCGCAGUAGAUGCACAGCCGCACGUUGGCAUUUUGCACCGCCGAUACGGCGACGCCAACACACACUACAUUGGCCAAGGCGCCUCGUUGCGGUGA